CAUGCUCACUGCAGCAGACAAACAGAAGAGCGGCCCACAUACAGUACAGUAGUGGGAAGCUAGGCGGGAGUACACAUCGUUAUCAGUUCCACUUUUCGAUACAGAAAUGCAAAAAGGCAAAUUUCACCGAUGGAGAACUCUUACUGAACAGAUGUAACAUCGAGAGGACUGAAGAAAAAAGAAACUCUGGGAUAAAGGCUGCACAGGGACAUGGCUGACCUUCUAACAGGACUACUCAUUUGUUUGAUGGCUGUGCAGAGCAUUCAGCAUGAAGGAAAAAUAACCAGGAUUAAAUCCAAUGAUACCGGGGUGAUACCGAAAUCCUUUAGGGCAACGCUGCACAAACCGAAUCGCACCAGAAAGCUGUUCGAUCCCAGCACAGAGCCCUGUCUGACCGUGAGCCCGGAGGACCCAGUGGCAGCCUACACCACAGGGGUCCUCAGCACCAGGGUGAUACCUUCAUCAUACAUCCUGGCCAUGCUGGUAGGCAUCCCCUCCAAUGCCUACAUCCUGGCCUUCCUCAGACUCAGAACAAAGCCUCUUCCCACAAUAGUUCUUUACCUGAACCUAGCUCUGUCCGACCUGCUGCUGCUGCUCUCCCUGGCGCUGCGUGUUCACUACCACCUCAACGGGAACAAUUGGAUAUUCGGGGAAAUCUCCUGCCGGCUCAUCACGGCCUUGUUUUAUGGCAAUGUUUACAGUUCAGCUCAAACUAUAGCGUGCAUCAGUCUGAAGCGCUACCUGGCAGUGGUCUGGCCGUUUCUGUACAGGAGGCUGGCUAAGUCUACGCUGGCAGUGUGGUCGUGCCUGGUUGUCUGGUUUCUGUAUGGUGCGGCUAUCGUGCCUGAGCUCCUGGUCAGGCAGAGCUACCAGGUUAAGCAGCUGGGAGUCACCACCUGCCAUGAUGUACUUCCCCUGGAUGAAAAAUCCCAUUCCCCAUUGGUGCCAUACAGGAUGAUGCUGGUUUGUCUGGGCUUCAUAGUGCCCUUCCUGAUUUGUGUCUUUGCACAUGUCGCAGUUGUAUACCACCUGGGGCAAUCCUGUUGCGACUGGAAACCGUUUAUCAGGGUCAGCACCCUGGUUUUCAUCAUCUUUGUGGUUUGUUUCUUGCCAAGCGGCAUCCUGCAUAUCGCCCACUACAUCCGUCUAUUCACCAGUGGGGACGACAGACUGUAUGGAUAUUACAGAGUAGCGGUGUGUCUCUGCUGCUUCCACAGCUGUCUUGACCCCUUCCUGUGUAUGCUCCUUUCAAAGAUGGCCUCCUCAGAACUACAAUUUGUUUCUCUCCGCGGGAUGCCUAAGAGGCCCACUUCUAUGAUUUGAGACUGGAUGUUUGUGCACAGCUUCUCCUUAAUGGACCAUUGUUGAGAAUCAGCAGGGAAGCUCAAGCCCGACAAAAAAGGUCAGGAAUGUUUAAAACUGGACACUGGGAAUUCAAAAGUGUGAUAAUGCAGUCUCUGUUCGACCCAGAACAGUAACAACCUCUGUGAAGAUGAGUUUUAAAUAUAAAGGAUCAAGGAGGGAACAUUUAGACUGUGGAUCGUCUCAUGUCAAUCCAGCUAAAAACCAUUGGAUAAACAACUUGCUGUGGUACAACUCAGCAUUAAAUGUAUACAAAAACAUA